AUGCUUCCUCAGCGAAUGAAGAAAGCUGUUACUGAUAACCCUAAAAAGCUCGCAAACUUGAUCGAUCUCGUUAACCUUCCUCCCACUCUCAGAGACUUCGUCGGUCAAUCUCAGACUUCUCGAUUAACCUGUUUCAUGCGUGUUUGGUCCUACGUCAAAACCAACAAUCUUCAGGAUCCAAAUAACAAGAACAUGGUAAAAUGUGAUGAGAAGUUAAAAGGUAUUUUACUCGGGAAACCUCGGGUUGAGUUAGCAGAACUUCCAGCACUUAUCAAGCUACAUUUUCUGAAAGAGCCCAACCUUAGGGGUUCUUACCAUCAAUACCACUUUUUACUUUUCACCACAAAUGCCACACAACUCGUUUGUUCUCCGAUUGAUCCAGACUACUGUGAUGAUAUAAUUGCAUCAUGUGAUGGUCUCAUUUGUUUAGCCAAUAAUUCUCAUGUUGUUCUCUGGAACCCUUCCAUUAGAAAACUAAAGAAACUACCCUCUUUAGAAAUUCCACAAGAUCAUGGAACACUAACAUAUGCAUUUGGUUACGACCCUUUCGUUAAUAAUUACAAGGCUGUUUCUGUGUUUUGCUAUGAUUUUGAAUACAUCUGCUGCCAACUACUAGGACAUAUUGAUUUGUUUAGCUCUGAUAUUGUUGAGAUUAGUUAG